GUUCUCCGGCACGAUAUGGCCAGGCAAGCAAUGGCUGAUAGCGAAGGAUUGAGACGGAAGCUGGCGGAUCUGGAGAAAGAACUGGAGCAAGCCCGUGGGGACAAAAAGGAUAUUUAUGAAGAAAUGAUCCGCAGGUACCAGCAGCUUCAGCACCAGACUGAUACGGUACAGCGUCUAGAGGAUGAGACGAAGAGCUUGCAGGAAAAGCUUGUUGCUUGUCAAGAAGAGCUGAAGCAAAGCCAACGGGACAAUAUGGUGAUGGUGGAAGAGAAGGACUUGGCCAUUGCCGAGAUGCAACGCAAGAUUGACCAGAUGGAGACCGAAUAUGAAAAAAUCCUGCAUGCCAGCUUGGACCAGGUGGUGUCCAAAAUGCAGGCGGUCAAGCUCAGCUGGGAGAAGGAGGCCACUGGCAUCCACUUGGAGUACAAGGAGCGGCUCAAGGAGUUUGGACUCAGACCUCUGGAGAUGUGAAGGAUUGUUCUGACAUGCUCAUCACAGCUUUGUGUUGCACUUGAAACAGAGACUAAAUUAAAAAAUGUUCAGGUUAUAAUAAUUAUUGUGUCUCUGAAAGUGUGCAGAGUGCAUUUAAGUUCUUGUCCUGACCAUUGCUAUCAUGGCUGUCACUCAUCAAUGUAGUACAGGAACAAUUGGUUUGGGACUUGCAAGAUAUAUGUUCUACUGAACCAUGAAAUUUACUCAACAACCAUACAGCAGCUAUUCUCUCUUAGUCUGACCUACCUCACAAGGUUGUUGUGGGGAUAAAGGAAAGACUCAAGCCCAUUGGAGAAAAGGUGUCGUAUAAAUAUAACUACAGUAGAGUCUCACUUAUCCAACGUUCUGGAUAAUCCAAGCCAUUUUUGUAGUCAAUGUUUUCAAUACAUCGUGAUAUCUUGGUGCUAAAUUCGUAAAGACAGUAACUACUACAUAGCAUUACUGCUUAUUGAACUACUUUUUCUGUCAAAUUUGUUGUAUAACAUGUUUUGGUGCUUAAUUUGUAAAAUCAUAAUUUGGUGUUUAAUAGGCUUCUCCUUAAUCUCUCCUUGUUAUCCAACAUAUUCACUUAUUCAACGUUCUGCCGGUCCGUUUAUGUUGGAUAAGUGAGACUCUACUGUAUUUCUGUGUGCCGUUAUUCGUCUGAAUCAAAGAUGCCUUUUGGCACAUUGGACUGUGUUGGAAGUAUUUCGGUUCCACACAGCCUUCCGAUCUGUUGCUUCUAAUGGUGAUAUUUCAAUAAAAGAGAUACAUUUAUCUUUA